CUGUUGCAGCAUCUGUGGUGAAGUCUUUGGUCCAGAUGAUUCCUACUAUGAGCACGGCGACAAUGUUUACUGCCACUAUCACUAUUCUGUCAAUUUCGCCAUCAAGUGCGCAGGUUGCCAGACAGCCAUCCUCAAACAAUUUGUCGAAAUCAAUAGAAACAACACUGACGAACAUUGGCAUCCGGAAUGCUACAUGAUUCACAAAUUUUGGAACGUCAAAUUGGCUCAACCUUUCAGCAUCAAGAGUGCAUCAAAGGAAGAAGGUGACGUUCGUACAGAUGUCAGCCUACUGACAGCCGACGAACUCAGAGAAGCCCAAACUGCCAUGGAGGACAAAGUGUACCGGAUCUGGACGGUGCUAACUGCCUUUGAAGAAUCGGCGGCGGCUUGCAUUUCGGACAUGUUGGUUCAUGUGUCCGAGGGAAGUUACGUGGAAAGCGUACGCAUGGCUGAUUACUUUAUUGCGCACGUGGACGUUCUUUUCACCGCCAUCGAUGAAUUGGCUGUGCACUAUUACACAGCCUCAAAAGAACAACUCAGCUAUGAACGUGAAGCCAAGAUGAUCUGCACCAACGUUAUAAACUUUUUCUCCCUUCUUUCUCAUACCCAAGAAAGCGGUCUACGCGGCAUCGGUAUCACCCAGGAACUAUUGACUCUCGUCAGCGGACUGGCGCAGUAUCUCAAGGCGCUCAUACGUAUUGGUCUCACAGGUGCACUGCGACUGUAUGAUAUCAAGUCCACUGCCAUCAGUCAUUUUUUGACCCAACUAAUGCAGCUUGCGAAUAAGCGCCAUUCGUAUGCCCUGGGAGAAGCAGCAGCGACGUCCGAUUUAUGUCAGUCCUGUCGAAUGACUUGCGAAGACCAAUGUUACCGCUUGAAGCAGUACCGAUGGCAUGAUCAGUGCUUUGCAUGCUCCAAGUGUUGUAUUCCACUUCGCGAUCAGUAUCAGGAAGCCUUUGUCAAUCCCGAUGAAUUCACGCUACUUUGCAGCAGCUGUGGCAAAGGCAUUGACGGUUUAUGGCAAGGUUUUGAACGUAUGACCAAGCUGCAACAGUUCUCCUUUUUGCUCAGUGUCUCGCUGCGAAGGCUUUACAGUCUUCUCAACGUUCCCGAUCCGUUGAUGGCGUACUAUGGCCAGAUUAAUGGUCAAGCUCCCAACUUCCCGCAGGACGAUCAGGUAUCUUCCGACGACGUUCAUCAGCGAUCGACCAAUCCAUCGGGAUCCGUUGAUGAGCCGAACGAAUCCAUCAAUUUGCAAGAUAUCAAGCGGGUGAAAUCGACGCAUAUGAACCGUAGCAUGACCAAUUCUCACCGUGUGGCUAAGCGAUCAACGCUGAUGGAAACCCCUAGUCCCACCACGGCCUACGUUAGUCAAGCAGGUGAUGCUAGCAGUGAACGGCCUGCCAGUUCUAUCCUAGACGGAGACAAGGGCAGAAACCUCACCCAGGCUUCCUCAAUGUAUGAAACUGCCGACAACGGAUCAUCGAAUAACGAUAUACCCUCCGUUGUAUUGCCACCCAACGGACAGCAGCAGCAGCAGCAACGUCAUCAAUCCGUGCAGAGUUAUACCAAAUUGAAGCCAAAGGCCAAAUGCUAUUACCUUGCCGAAUUGGGUGCUUUGGAUCACUUUAUGUUGAAACAUAUUGCCGUUCUCUAUCUGGAAGAAAUUCUCAAAGACCAAUUUACAUUGGAAGAGCUGGCCGACCUCAUCGAUGACCGCAAGAAUUCCACGCUUUGGGGAAAAUUCGUCACCAGUCUCCGAGCAGGCGGCAAUAAAAAGAUGCCUCGACCUAAAGAAGGAACUUUUGGGGUUCCUCUUGAUCUGCUGGUUGAGAAAAAUGGCGUCGAUUCCACUCUAGGCGCUGGUCCAACGCGCAUUCGCAUCCCAGCUUUCAUUGAUGACAGCAUCAUGGCCAUGAAGCAAAUGGACAUGUCCAUUGAAGGGAUUUUCCGCAAGAAUGGCAAUAUUCGUCGUUUGAAGGAAUUGACCGAGUUGAUCGAUCGAAAUCCUAGUGAUGUCGAUCUGAUGAACGAAACGCCUGUACAAGUAGCAGCAUUGACCAAGAAAUUCUUGCGUGAAUUGCCUGAUCCAUUGCUGACCUUCAAAUUGCAUAAGCUGUUCAUUGUGGCACAGAAACUUGAUUCUGAAGCCGAACGAAAGCGUGUGAUGCAUUUGGCUUGUUGCUUGUUACCGAAACCGAAUCGUGAUACCAUGGAAGUGUUAUUCCUCUUUAUUCAAUGGGUAGCAACCUUUGCGCACAUGGGUGAAGACAUUGGCAGUAAAAUGGACAUCACGAAUUUGGCGACCGUUUUAGCUCCCAAUAUUCUGUACUCGAAAAGCAAAGAUAUUGCCAAGGACGAAUCGUUCUGCAGUAUUGAAGCAGUUAAAAUGCUGUUGCAAUAUCAAGAAGAAUUCUCCACAGUACCUGAAGAUUUUGUCCCAUUACUGCAAAAUCUGACCUAUGCGGAAGAUGAUAUGGAUUUGAAUGUGCGACAUAUUUUGAAACGGUGUGAAAUGGUCAUGAAGAUGAAGCGAUCGCACUCUACUCAAGGCAAUCUUCCACCUGCUUUACCAAGACAACAUUCAUCGCCCGCCGCGGUACAAACGGAAUCGGUCAACGGCGAUCAGGAUCUCCAUUACAGUUAUCAGCUUUCCUCCUCUCCCGAAUACAUCUCCGCUCCCCCACCUGCAGUAUUAACCUCUGUUCCUUCGUUACCGACAUUACGAUCGCAAACCUCACCGCAACUGAAUAAGGUCCACAUGACAGGUGCCUCCGUAUCCAUGAUCAAGGAGGGUUCAAGUUGACGGAAACAAGACGGUCGAUUUUGAAAAAUCAUUUUCCCUUUUUUAUUUUUAUUUUUCGUUCUUCUUUACCCUUUGAUUUAUUGACUUGUUUAAGCAAGGUUACUGGAAAAAUUCUAUUCAUGUUUUAGAUAGCAGGAUUGAUCACUUAACAUGUUGAUGUAUGCGCAUAUUAUAGGAAACUAAUGCUGAAAAAGAUUUUCAAGAAGCAAGCUUGUUGAAGUCCAAAUCACUUGAACGUG